CCUCCGACACUGGAGAGAAGGGGCACCCCGCUGUCCGGGCUCAGCGAGGGGGUUAGGACUAGCCGAGGAUGUGGACAGAAAGGGACAGACCAGAGCCAGACUACCAGAAGCAAUUCCAUGCUGCCGUUACUGUCAUCCAGAGUCUACCCAAGAAUGGUUCUUAUCGUCCAUCCUAUGAAGAGAUGUUGCGUUUCUAUAGUUACUACAAGCAGGCCACCCAGGGACCCUGUCACAUGCCCAGGCCUGGCUUCUGGGACCCUAUCGGACGCUAUAAAUGGGAUGCCUGGCACAGACUGGGCAGGAUGAGCCAGAAGGAGGCAAUGGCGGCUUAUAUUGCCGAGAUGAAGGUGGUGGCCCAGAAGGUGAUAGACACGGUUCCUUUGGGUGAGGUGGAUGAUGGCAUGUUUAACUACUUUGUGCCUUUGUAUGAGAUGAUCCCUGACAUGCCUCAGCCCCCAGAGGCCUUCUUGAAGAAACUCACAGCUCAGAAGGAAAAGAUACCAAAUGGGGGCAUGAGAACGGCCCUUGAGCCCCUGCCAUCUCCUGAGGAGCCAGCCCCGCAGACUUCAGGAGCCCAGAUGCCCAGGGUUCCCAGUAUCCAUGGGAGAGCCUCCAUGGAGCCGGACACUGAGGUUUUCUGUGACUCCCUGGAACAGCUGGAGCCUGAGCAGGGUGAGUGGCUGCAUGAGGAGCUGAAGGAAAGCCUGGCAGGAGAGCCUGACAUCAGCAGUGACCACUUGCUUUCAAGAGAGCGAGAGAUGGCGAGGACGACUCCCCAGGGUCCCCGGGAGUUUGAGGCGUGGCUAGCCAGUACGGUGCAAGCCCUGCAGGAGAGCAUGCAGGAUGUCCAGGGGAGGUUGCGGUGCUUAGAGAGCCUGCCCCGACCCACCAAGAGCCCCCAGCCCCAGCAGGGGCCCUGGGCCUUGGAGCUCUCUACCCCCACACUCCUCCUCCUCCUCCUGUGGCCUUUUGUGGUUCAGUGGCUCUACAGACAAUUCAGAAGGCAGAAGAGGUGAUUGGCUCCCCAGAUGCUGCUGCUGCUGCUGCCCACCUGAGGAGACGGGGCAGAGGGGGAGGAAGGUGCCUCCUCCCCAGCCCCCACCUUGCUCCCACUGUGCACCUGAGCCUUCCUGGGGAAGCAGGGAGGGCUCGGACCUCACCAGCUCACCUGUCCAAUGAGAGGGCCAGACUAGGGGCCCUUAAGGGUCCUUCCUGCCCUUUAAUAUUCUUCAGUCCAUGAGCUAAGCCACUAACUAGUGUGACUCUGGGUAAGUCCUUUCCUCUCCCCUGGGCCUCAGUCUUUUCACCUGUAAAAUUAUGGUGUCACUGGCUCUUCGGUGCUUUCCAUAGCUGACAUUCUGGAAUUCCAUGCCCAAUCAGUAUUUCCUCUACCAGUGGGUGCUGGAUAGAAUAUGUCCAGGCCUUCCGGAUGGCCCCUUCUGGGAGCUGUGGCCCUUCCCCUCCUAGAGGGGAUAAAUGCCUCGGUUUCCCUGUCUGUGGAUGGCAGGGGGGAAUCCUCGGGGCCCCUUGAUGAUUCUGGGUGCACCAACCUGGCCCGGACACUGGCAUCACUUCACUAGUGCUGCAUUUCUCCCGCCCACUUUCCCACUGAGUCCCCUCCCCCACUCCCUCGGGCCACCUAACUUCCUUCCCCUCCCCACCCCCACCCCCGGCCCUCCCUGAGGUACCUUAGCUCAGGCAAGUUGAGGCAGUGGCCUGGCCUGGGCUUCUAUUCUAUCUGUUUGGAAGAUGUGGAUUCGAGCCGGCGUUUGGGGAGACAUUUCCCAGCUGGUUUAGGAGACGCUGCCGAGGAACCAUAUACACAGCUAAUUUGUAUCGAGGGGAGUGGGGGAGGCGUCCAGCUAACUUUUGGCCACGAUUGCCCUCUGCCCUUUGGAUUGACACUCGGGUUCUCCUCCCUUCCCCUCCCCCCCCCAGGUUCUUAAGUAUGAAAAUAAAGGAAACUUUUAGCUUU